AUGAACAAUAAUAACAAUAACAGAAAAAGCUACAAUAAUAAUUUUUUUAAUGAAUUUGAGAACGACAAAAAAGAAUUGUAUAAAAAAAAUUCAAAUGAUAUAGGACCAAAUUAUGAACAAAACAAAAUGGCUAGACAUAUAGGAAAUAAUAAUGUGCAAAAAAUGGGACAUAAAAAAAAUAACCAAAAUAAUGGAAAUAAUAAUAUUACUGGAAAUUGGAAUAAUUAUAACAACAAUCGAAUAUAUGAUUCUUCAAAUAUCCAAAAUAAAGGAAAUAAAAAUAUUUCAAUAAAACGAAAUUUAAUAAGUGGCAAACCAAAUAAAAGUAUGGAACAUAUAAAAAAUAAUAUCAUUAAAAAUAAAAUAUUAAAAAAUUACAAUUUUUCUAAUAAUAGUUCUUCUAACACUAUUCAUAAAAAUGAAUUUAGAACAAAUUCAGAAAAUAAUUCUAAUCAGGCUAUUCAACAAUUUUCAAAAGGUUCACAAUUUAACAAUAAUAAAAAAAUAACACACGAAAAUCAAAAUAUUUAUAAUUUUCAUAAUAUAACUAAUAGUAACUUAAAAAAUAUUGGAAACGAUAAUUUAAGUGCAAAUAAUAAUAUUUAUCAUAAUCCUGAUUUUUUAAAAAAAAAAGAAAUUUCAAAAAAAGCUCUAAUAAAUAAUAAUUUAAAUAUGUCUUUAAUUGAAAAAAAUGAUAAAAAUAAAAAAUUUUAUGAUUAUUCACAAACUUCAUCUUAUAAAGGAUAUAAUAAUAUAACUAAAGAAAAAAAAAUAUUACAAGACAAUAUUUCUAAUACUAACUUUUAUCGUACAGAAAAAAAAAAUAUUGGUAAAAUUCAAGGUAGCGAAUCUGAUACUACUUUUUCACAAUAUUCUAACAAUAGUUUUUACAAUAAAAAUAAUGAACAACUAUAUGGAAAUAAUGUAAUAAAAAAGUUGUAUAAUAAUAAAAUUUCUUCAAAUUAUGUAAAAUUUGAUAAUUCACAAAAUGAAAAAUAUAAUUUGCCAACUGAAACAGAAUCACGGGGUUUAUAUUUUAAUAAAAAAAAUAAUGAUGUUUAUAAAAAUGUCUCAGAAAAUAUAAAUAAUUAUAUUAUCCAACCAAAUAAUAAUUUUAAUAAUACACAAAAUGAUUAUUCUGAGCUAGCCAAUAUAACUGAUGAAAAAGGUUCCUACCCGUUUGAGCAGGCUUCUGAACAUGUCAAUAAUGUUAGCAAUGUUAAAAAUAUGGAUAAUGCUAAAAAUCUGGAUAAUGCUAAUAGUGUUAAAAAUCUGGAUAAUGCUAAGAGUGUGGAUAAGAUUGGGCAGGUUGGCCAGAAUGAUGAAAGCUUAGAAAAAAAAAUAUACCAAACGAUAAGUAAUAAUAAAGAAGCUAUUAAUAUUUUAUCAAAAUAUUUUAAAAAUAUAAAUGGAAAUAUAGAUCCUGCAACUUUGAAUAAUAUAAUAUUAGAGUGUAAAAAUAAUAAAGUUUUAGCCAACAUUUUAAAUGGAAUAAAGAAAGAGAUUAGCAAUAGUAGCAAUGGCAAUAGUAGCAAUGGUAAUAGUAGCAAUGGCAAUAGUAGCAAUGGCAAUAGUAGCAAUGGCUUGGGCAAAUUAACAGAUGCAGCGCGUGAUAAAGGGGCUAUAUAUAAUUAUGAAAAUAAUAUUAAAAAAUGUAUAGAUGUAAAACAGGUUGAUGAUAAAAAUAAAAACAAUCAAGUUAUUAAACAUAUUUUUAAAAGCACAGAUUUUGAUAAUAUUAAAAAUAAGUGGAAUAUGUGUAUAAUAAAAUAUAAGGAUAAAAAUGUUUAUAAUAUAUUUAACAAUGUUGAAAAUAGUAUAAAUAUGAAUAUAAAAAAUGUAGACAUAUUUAAAUCAUCAUUAUUUUGUAGCAAUAAUUAUAAUUUAUCCAAAGAUAUAUUUUAUAAUAAUUAUAAAAUUGUAUUAACACAUAAUGUGAAAUAUUUAUUAUUAGAAAAUAUUUUUAGCUUUAAAACUGGGUCCGAAAAAAAAAACAGCUCACAAAACGGUUCAAAUGUAUUAGUAGAAAAUUCUGAUAAUAAUAAUAAAAACAAUGUUAGUGAGUCAAAUUCACUUUUUUCAACGAUCUCAUAUGCUGAUUCUAGUUUUGAUAACUUUUGUCUUUUCUUUAAUAAUUUUUAUCAAAUAAAUGAGUGGUAUAGAAAUAAAUUAUUUUGCUUUCUUGUAUACAAAAUAAUAAUUAUGGAUGAAGAGGAAAAUGAAUAUCACAGUUACUAUAGUAUUUUUUUAAAGAUAUUAGACAAAAAUACAUUUGUUUUUUUUUUAUCAGUCUUAAUUAAUUUAAUAAAAAAUUAUUCUUUAAAAUUAAAAUAUAUGAUUAAUGUUAUAGAAAGGUUAUUACCAGUUUUAGCUAAAAAAAAAAAUGAAAAAAAAAAAAAUGAAAAAAAAAAAUACAAUUCGAUAUCAAAUAAUUAUUAUUCCGGUUCAAGUACGAAAAAGUAUAUACUUUUUAAUAUACUUUAUUUUAAGCUACUUCGUUUGUUAUUUUAUAAAAUUGAAAAUUUUUAUGUUCAGAAAAAACAUUUAUUAUUAUUAUUUUUAAGAUAUAUAAAAAAUUUCUUAUUAAAUAUAUGUAACUCUACUAUAAUUAUACAAUAUUUAUUUAUAAAAUGUAUUGAACUAAUGAAUAAAUAUAAUAACCAACAAUAUAUUUUAAUUAAAACCAUUUCUAUGGAAAUUUUAUUACAAUUAUGGAAUAAUGAAUUUUUAAAACUGUCUAUUUUAAAAAUGGGAAAAUCAAUAAUCAGAUUUAUUAUUUUUAUAAGUAAUGUAGAAUAUGUAAAUAAAAAUAUCUUUCCUUUUAUUUUGUCAUAUAUUGAAACAGCUAAUCAAAUAGAUGUUCAUAAUUAUAUUUCAUCAUUUAUUCAAAACAAUAAAUAUUAUAAACAAAAAAAAAAAAGAUUAAAACAUUUUUUAUAUUAUUUAAAAAAAUACAAUGUUUUAUCUUUAUAUUAUGAUAAUGCACAAACAAAUAAAAUAACUAUAUCGUUAGAUGAAGAUAUAGAAGAUGGAAAUGUAGACACUUCAAUAAAUUAUGAUCAAAAUUCCAUUUAUGGAAAUACAAUUUUUGAUUUGUUACUUCAAAUAAAAGGUAGUUUUAAUUAUUUUAAUAUUUUACUAUCAAAAAAUGAAAAAAAUUGUCUCGAUUUUUUACUUAAUUUAGAUAACUCAAACACACAUUUUCAUUUUCACUUAUUUUAUGAUGUAUUUAUUCAAACCAAUUUAACAAAUUUAGUGAAUGAAAAUAAGUUGGUCUACUACUUCGAGUGGCUCCUAAAUGAAAAAAAUGAAAAAAACGAAAAAAAUGAAAAUGGCGAAAAUGGCGAAGAAAGCGAUUCCGAGUGGGAGGCACAAACAAAGGGGAUAAUUUCUUUGAGUGGGAAUUUAAAGGAAGAAAGAAAUUCUGUCGCUUUUCGAAAUAAAAGACACAAUAGUUUUAUAGAAAAUGAAAACAGCCAUUUUCCAAAAAAAGCAAAGUAUGCCGACACUGUAAAUGAUGAUUAUGGUUCCUCUAUAAAUAAUAAUAAAAAUGGGGAAAAAAGCGAAGCUAAUGAAGAUGGGAAAAAAAACGAAGCUAAUGAAAGUGGGAAAAAAAACGAAGCUAAUGAAAGUGGGAAAAAAAACGAAGCUAAUGAAAGUGGGAAAAAAAACGAAGCUAAUGAAAGUGGGAAAAAAAACGAAAGUAAUGAAGAUGGGAAAAAAAACGAAAGUAAUGAAAAUUUGCCAAAUUAUUGCGAACACACAGAAGACAAAAAUUAUAAUGAACAAGAAAAUGAAAAAGUGAUGUAUUGUUUGUAUGAACUAUUAAAAAAAAAUGAUGGGAUAAUAUCAAAAAUAUAUUGUUCCCAUAUAAAGUUAAGUUUUUUUUUUAAUAUAUUUUUUUAUAAGGGUAAUGAAAUGAGUCGAAUAUUAUCAAGCUCUUUAUCUAUUUAUAGUAGAAAAUAUAAAAAUUUUAAAAGAGAUAAUCAAAAAGUUAUAAAAUUUAUGAACAUAAAUAAUAUCACACAUUUUUUGAUAAUUAAAUUUAUGUUAAAAUAUUUAGGUAAAAUAAAAUGUAAUGAUGAUAAAGAUGACAUUACAAAAGACAUGGAAAAUGAAAAAAUAAUUUCAAAUUCAGAUAAAGACAUAUUUACAUGUUAUAAAAUUUUAGAUUAUUCUUUAAAAAAAGAUAUAAAUAAUGUAAAUAGUUUUUUAAAUUAUAUAAAUAAAAUUAUAUUACAUUUAUAUGAAAAAAAAAGAGAAAAUAUAGUUUUAAGUUUAAUCAUAUCUUUUAGUAUUUAUAAUUUUAUAUCAUAUAUUGAAAGAGGGGAUGAUAAUAAAAAAACAAUUUUAGAAAAUAUCGAAAAAUUUAAGCUUAUUGAUAUUGUUAAUGAUAUAUAUAAAAAUUGUCUUAUAGGAUUUCUUUUAAAAGGAAAUAAUUAUUUUAUAGAUGAAGGAGCAACUGUUAUAAAUUUAGAAGAUAUAUAUAAUUAUGAACUAACAAAUCAUAUGAAAAUAAUUCCUAAAAAUAUUAAUAAAGAAAUAUUUGAUCUUGUUAAUUUUAAAAAAUAUAUAUUUCAAAAAGGAAAUUAUAAAAAAAUUGAAACUAUAAAAAUUUGUAAAAAAAAUAUGAUAAAUAAUUUAUAUACUUCUGAAAUAUUAAAUUAUAUUUAUUAUAAUGUCUUAUAUAUUGUUAUUCAUUUAAUUAUGAAUAUAAAAUUUUACUACACCAUAUUUUUUAAUACAUACAAAAAAAAUAUUCAUCAUUUUUCAAAAAAAACAUGUUUUAUUUUUAAAACCCAUGGGGAAUAUAACAUCAAGACUGCAUAUUUGGAUUCUCAAAUUUUAGCAAAUAACAAAAAUCUGGAUCAUUUUUUUUCACAAACAAGUCAGCAAGAUGUUAAUGCUGGCAAUGUUGGAAAUGCUGGCAAUGCUAAUGUUGGAAGUGUUGACAAUGCUAACGGUGAUAAUGAUGAUAAUAAAUGCAUCUUAUUAAAAUUAGAACGAGGAAAUUAUAAUUGUUAUAUAAAAAAAAAAAAGUUAAUAAUAAAAUAUUAUAGAAAUGUUAAAAAAAACAUAAUUAAAAAUUUAAAACAAUAUAUAUUAGUGAAUAAUUCUCAUAUUGAUAUUAAAACCUUUAUGCAAGAUUCUAUAUAUUUCGAUAUAUUAUUUACAUUUUAUAAAUCUCCAAUAUUUAUGCAAACAUUAUCUUUCUCUCUUUAUUCUAAAAAUACAAAUAUGUCUAUUAAUGACAAUUCUGCUGAAAUUAAUUUUAAUUUAAAAAUUCUGACCCAAGUAAAAGAUAUAUUUUCCUUUAUUCAACAAGUUAAUAAGAUUGUUUAUUUAAUUGUACAUAAAGGUUUAUAUAGUCACAAAGAAAUUAUAUGCAUUUUAAAAAAUUGUAUAUAUGACAAUACUGAUGAUAUAAAUUGUAACAAUUUUUGUAUUGAUUUUUUUUUUUAUGAAAUUGUUGAUACUUCUUAUUAUCUAAACAGAUACACAAAAUGCAAUACAAUAAAUUAUAAAUCUGAUUGCAGUAAUAAUAAUAAAACGAUACAAAGAACCUUACCUCAACAACAUAUUUACACAAACGAUAGGAACGAAGAUGAAGAAAAUUGGAAUAAUACUGAAAUAAAAAUAGAUAACUCAAAUAUGCAUACACCCACAAAAUUUGGAAAUGGUAGAAAUUGGUUAUUUCGCUAUAGCUACAAAAAUGAGGGAAAAAAUGAGGAGAAAAAUGAGGAGGGAAAAAAUGUUAAUUUUAACGAACUUUUAGAUUAUGUCGUAUAUUCAAUUAAUAAUAGCUACAAAAAAGAACGGAUAAUAUUUUGGAGUGAAUUUUUUUAUAGUCUUAAAAAUUUUGGAAUAAUUAAUUUUCAAAUAUUUUUUUACUUAUGCUCAAUGUUAAAGAUGGUUAAAAAUAUCAACAGCGAAUUUAAAAAUAGACAAAUUGCAAUAAUUAAAAAAAAAAUAAAAAUUGUCGAAAAAAUAUAUAUAUUAUAUUUAUUUAAAAUCGGAUUUAUUUUUAAUAUGAGCAUAUAUGAAACAUUUGAUUUUUUAUUUUCCACAAUUACAAUUAUAUUUAAUUAUAAUUUUUUUAAUUUUUAUAUGAAUAAAAAAGUUUAUAAUAUUGAUAAAGAUAAAGAAGGUUUAGCAAAAUCUUUUGCAUCAUAUAUAGAAAAAGAUAUAGAAAAUAUUAUUAAUAAUUAUGAUCAAAUGUCAUUUAUUGAAGCUAUAAAAUAUAUAAAUGAUUCUAUAUUUUUAUUAAAAACCAUAAAAAAUUUGAUACUUAAAAGUUAUUCUUAUAUUAAUAUAAUCAUGCAUAUUUCAUCCCUCAAAAAUAUUAUUAUAGAUAUGAAUAAUAUAACAUAUCUUCAAAUAAAUAAUGAUCAAAAUAAUAAAAUAAACAAAUUUUUAGAAAAAUAUAAAUCUCAUAAAUUUAACAAAAAAAUAAAACAAACAAAAAUUGAUACUUUAAAUGAAAAAUCUUGUCAAGAUGGUUAUAAAACUUAUGACGAAUCAAUAUGUUCAGAAAAAUUUAGUUCAUCAUCUAACGAUGAAAUUGAAAAAUUGGAUGCCUCUUUGGAAUAUUUUUCAAGUCAUCUCAUAAAUAAUGGCAACAUAAAUAAUAGCAACAUAAAUAAUAGCAACACAAAUAAUGGCAACAUAAAUAAUGGCAACAUAAAUAAUGGCAACAUAAAUAAUGGCAACAUAAAUAAUGGCAACAUAAAUAAUAAUAACAAUAUAAAUACUAAAAAAAUGAACAGUUUUGAAAAUGAACAAAUAAAUAAUAUUAAGACAAUGUGGAUUUUCAAAAUUUUUAAAAAUUUUUAUUCCAAAUCAUUUAUUUGUUUUCAAAAAAAUAAAACUGAUGAAGAAAAUUUUUAUGAAAAUAAAAAAAAAUUGAUAUAUUUUUUUUUCCCAAAAUGUGUUAAAAAAAAUAAAAAAACAAUGAAUAAUUGGAAUUUUAUUUUAGAUAAAAAAAUUUAUGAAUUAAGAAAAAAACUAACAAAAGACAAUAAUUUUGUAUAUAUGUCUAAGCAAGCUUUUUUGCUUAAGUGGAUAUUUUUACGAUUAUUUAUUUUACGUAAAUAUAAAUACAAAAAAAUGAAUAAUACCCAAACAUUUAAUUAUAUAUAUAAAAAACUAAAUUUAAUAUGUGAAGAAGAAGAAGAGUUGAUUCGAUUUAACAUCACAUCUGAUUCUAAUCUCAUCUCUUUAGGAAAUCAAAAUCUUAGAUAUAUUUUUCACAUUUUUUUAUGUCAUAUUAAUAAUAAUUUGAUAUAUUUAAUUAAUAAAUGUAUUAAAAUUUUCAAAACUGAAGGAGGAACAUAUAUUGAUAGAAAUAUAACAAAUAAACAAAAUGAGAUAAAUAAAAAAAAACAAAAAAUAAAAACAAAAGGAAUAGAAAAUACAGCAAUCGAUUGUAUAAACUUUUAUUCUACUAAUUUUUUACUAGCAUUUUAUCCAUAUUUAAUAAAAUCAAGAAUUUCUUAUGAUAUAUUUUUUAAUUUAUUUAAAAUAUAUUUUAGUCUCUACUUAAUAAAUAAGCAUACUAAUCGAUUGUCUAUAGAAUCCCCGAUUUAUAUAAUUCUUUUAAUUUUUUCACAUCAAAUAACAAUUAGUAAAUAUGUCAUAUUUUCUUAUAUUAAUACUUUUGUAAAUUUUAUUCAUUCAUCUUCCUUAUCAGACAUGUUUUGUCUCGACUCUUUAACGCACCAAAUUUUUAUGGAUAAUAUCAGCAUAAAUUAUUUCAUGAAAAAUGCUAUCCAAGAAAAUGCCGUAUUCGAUGAUAUAAUAAUUAGCUAUGACGCUAAUAGUAUAUCACUAUUUUAUCAUAUGCUAUUUGGAAACUUUUAA